AUGUAUGCCUAUUCUUCUACUUCCCCAGAACAGCCUCUUACGCCCGAAAACAACCAAACCACCCUCGAACAACCCUUAAAUGAUUUUAUACGAGAAACGAGGGAGGAGAAUGCUAAACUCAAAGAAACUAUCACUAAAGAGAUGCUGGGAGAAAUUCAAGAGCUUCGCCACGAAACACUCUCACCGCUCCAAACGGUUGAGAGCACACUCGCAAAGAUUAUGGAAAUGAUUCAAGUCCAGGGAGAAACAGAUGUGAACGCUGUAACACUGAGAAGCGGGAGAGCACUUCCAGAAGCUGUUCCACCUCCGCCACAAUCUGUUCCGACAAAAGAACCAAGGAUGGACGAUGAUGAGACUUCCAACGCAACGCAAGUUGAACGAGCACUCGAAGAAGAAUUCAGAAGGGAAGACAUACAACCACAACCCUCUCGAAAAGGAAAAGAAAUCAUGCAAGAGCCACCACUAGUGCCGAAAGCAAAACUUCCAUUUCCUCAAAGAUUCCGCACUGACAUCGACAAUGCCAAGUAUGAUAAGUUCUUACAAAUGUUACGCCAACUGCACAUUGACAUGCUAUUUAUUGAUGCACUAGGAGAAAUGCCGAGGUAUGCCAAAUUCCUUAAAGAUCUUUUAUCUAACAAAAAAAGAUUGGCUGAAACCGCUACUGUUGUGUUAGGAGAAGAAUGUUCUGCUAUAUUACAUAAGGAUGUGCCCCGGAAGUUAAAAGAUCCGGGAAGUUUCACUAUACCUUGUAAUAUAGGAGGCACUACUUUUAAUAGAGCCUUGGCAGAUCUAGUGGACUUUGUGAUUUUAGAUAUGGACCCAGAUGUGGAGAUCCCUCUCACCUUGGGCAGACCUUUUUUGGCAACCGCUAUAGCUUUGAUAGAUGUGUGGGAAGUCUCGGAGGAAACGGUUGGAAAUGAUGGGGAUGAAUUUGAUGAAUUUGGGGAGGAAUUUGAUGAUGGAAAUGAGAAAAGAAAGGAGGACGGAGUGAUAAUACAGGAAGGAGAGUUGAAACUUUUGCCUGCACACCUUGAGUAUGUUUACCUAGGAUCAGGGAAGGAGUUGCCAGUUGUCAUCGUGACAAAUCUUUCGGAUAACCAAAAAGAACAACGGAUAGCAGUGCUGAAGAAAAACAAAGAAGCAAUCGGUUGGAGGAUGACUGACUUGAAAGAUAUUAAUCCGGCCAUUUGCACACAUAAAAUUCUAUUGGAAGAAGGGUCCAAACCUGUAGCACAACCGCAGCGUCGACUUAACCCGAACACAUUCGAAGUCGUGAAGAACGAGGUGAUCAAACUUAUGGAUGUCGGAAUGAUUUACCCUAUUUCGGACAACGCAUGGGUCAGCCCGACUCAUAUGGUGCCCAAGAAAGGUGGAAUCACAGUAACCGAAAAUGAUAACAAGGAAUUGAUUCCCACAAGAAAGAUAACUGGAUGGAGAGUCUGUAUUGAUUAUAUGAAGCUCAACGAAGCCACUCGUAAAGACCACUUUCCGUUACCCUUUGUAGAUCAAAUGAUUGAGAAAGAUGCCAUGGUACAUACUCCAAUUCUUGUAGGACCAAAAUGGGAUCAACCUUUUGAGCUAAUGUGCGAUGCGAGCAAUUUCGCUAUUGGAGUUGUGCUAGGGCAGAAAAAUGACAAGAAAGUUCAGCCUAUUGCCUAUGCUAGUCGAAUGUUGACAAAGACACAACAAGCCUACACCACGACCGAGAAAGAAUUAUUUGCAAUAGUGUUUGCAUUAGAUAAGUUCAAAUCAUAUCUCUUGAUGUCAAAGGUCAUCAUUAAUACUGAUCAUGCGGCUAUCAGAUUUCUUAUGUCUAAACCUGAAGCAAAGCCAAGACUGAUCAGAUGGAUUUUGUUAUUGCAAGAAUUUGACGUGACUAUUGUGGACCGAAAAGGAGUUGAAAAUAGUGCAGCAGAUCAUUUGUCAAGGUUAGAGAAUGAGAAAGGACAAAAUAUGACUGGAAACGUGAAUGAAUAUUUUCCUGAAGAGAAAUUGAUGGGUCUCUAUCUCACACCUUGGUAUGCGGAUCUGGCCAACUACCUUGUCGGGGGAGAAUUACCGGAGUUCUUGGAUAUACAUGCCAGGAAAAAAUUAAUAGCAGAAUCUCGAUUUUAUUUCUGGGACGAGCCAUAUCUCUUUAAAGUAUGUGCUGAUCAAAUAAUUCGACGUUGUGUAACAGAGGCUGAAGGACACGAAAUUCUGGGAGAAUGCCACCGAAUGGGCCAUCACUCGGCAAACAGAACUGCGAGGAGAGUACUUGAAGCAGGAUUCUAUUGGCCCUCAAUAUUUCGGGACGCCCAGAUUUGCAUAAGAAAUUGUGACAGAUGUCAACGGACUGGGAACAUCACUGGGAGAGAUGAGAUGCCACAAAACUACAUACUGGCAUGCGAAAUUUUUGAUAUAUGGGGAUUAGACUUUGCAGGACCGUUUCCGGAUUCCAAAGGUUUCAAAUAUAUCCUUAUAGCAGUGGAUUACGUAUCAAAGUGGGUUGAAACAGAAGCACUUCGAAACAAUGAUGCCAGAAGCGUAACAAGAUUUCUAAAGAAAUUAUUUACAAGAUUUGGAGUGCCACGGAUUGUCAUUAGCGAUAGGGGAACACACUUCCGAAACGUGCCCAUGCGGAGAUUAUUUCAAAAGCAAGGCAUACAACAUCGGGGGGGAGUCCCGUAUCACCCUCAAACUACCGGGCAAGUUGAGAAUGCAAAUAGCGAUAUCAAGGCCAUCUUGGAAAAAACAGUGGCUCGACACAGAAAGGAUUGGGCUGACAAGCUUAGCGAUGCUUUAUGGGCUUUUCGGACUGCUUAA